GCGGGACGCAGCCGGGCGACCGAGGCCAGACGGCACGUUCGGGCGGGACGGCGGCCGCCGCGCACUCGGGCUCGGCUUCGCUGCGCGCCCAGAAGAUGAAUCCGGCCUCGGCGCCCCCUCCGCUCCCGCCGCCCGGGCAGCAAGUGAUCCACGUCACGCAGGACCUCGACACGGACCUCAAAGCCCUCUUCAACUCUGUCAUGAACCCCAAGCCCAGCUCGUGGCGGAAGAAGAUCCUGCCCGAGUCCUUCUUCAAGGAGCCGGAUUCGGGCUCGCACUCGCGCCAGUCCAGCACCGACUCGUCGGGCGGCCACCCGGGGCCCCGGCUGGCCGGCGGCGCCCAGCACGUCCGCUCCCACUCGUCGCCCGCGUCCCUGCAGCUGGGCACCGGUGCGGCCGCCGCGGGCAGCCCCGCGCAGCCCCACGUACACCUCUGCCAGCGCUCCUACGACCUGACCGACGAGCCGCCGCUGCCCCCGGGCUGGGAGAUGGCCUACACGGCCACUGGCCAGAAGUACUUCCUCAAUCACAUAGAAAAAAUCACCACAUGGCAAGACCCUAGGAAGGCGAUGAAUCAGCCCCUGAAUCACAUGAACCUGCACGCUGCCGUCACUUCCACGCCAGUGCCCCAGAGGUCCAUGGCAGUGGCCCAGCCAAGUCUCGUGAUGAAUCACCAGCACCAGCAGCAGAUGACCCCUAGUACCCUCAGCCAGCAGAACCGCCCUGCUCAGAACCCACCGGCGGGGCUCAUGAGCAUGCCCAGCGCGCUGACCACUCAGCAGCAGCAGCAGCAGAAACUGCAGCUUCAGAGGAUCCAGAUGGAAAGAGAGAGGAUUCGGAUGCGCCAGGAGGAGCUCAUGAGGCAGGAGGCUGCUCUCUGCAGACAGCUGCCCAUGGAAGCUGACACUCUGGCCGCGGUCCAGGCUGCAGUCAACCCACCCGCCAUGACUCCAGACAUGAGAUCCGUCACGAAUAAUAGCUCAGAUCCUUUCCUCAAUGGAGGGCCGUACCACUCGAGGGAGCAGAGCACCGACAGCGGCCUGGGGUUAGGGUGCUACAGCGUCCCCACCACUCCAGAGGACUUCCUCAGCAAUGUGGAGGAGAUGGACACAGGAGAAAAUGCAGGGCAGAUGCCUGUGAACAUCAAUCCCCAGCAGACCCGUUUCCCCGAUUUCCUUGACUGUCUUCCGGGAACAAACGUUGACCUGGGAACGUUGGAAUCUGAAGACCUGAUCCCCCUCUUCAAUGAUGUGGAGUCCGCUCUGAACAAAAGCGAGCCUUUUCUGACCUGGCUGUAAUCACUGCCAUUGUAAUGUGGAUGCAGCUGGGACCCGACAUUUCCUGGGCCUCUUGGGAAAAGCCACGGAGCGGAGCAAGUCUGCAGGUGCACCCCUUUCUGCCUCCACAACUCAUGCUCCCUCCUUUCCUUGAGGCCAGUCUAAUCAUUGCCUGGUUUGGAUUGGCACUCACUGAAGUUAAAACAGAAUUACGUAUUCCAUUUUCAUUUUCUGCAAGCCUGCGUUCCUGUGACAGAAUACGCAGGGUGGUGUGUGCAGAAUCCAUUAUGCAGAGUUGCUUCUCUCUCUCUCUCUCUCUCUUUUUACUUUCUACUCUCCCAUGGCUAAGCUUUAUGGGGGUUAGGUGAAAUUUGUACAUCAAUUGAGUACCAACCAUAAAAAGCUGACCACAGGCAGUGAAUUCUGACGGGUACCUUGGUCCAGGAAAUGUGCACAAAAUUAAACCUAAUUUACAGUUUCAAAAACUGUAUUGAUGAUAGCAGAUCCGAAUGCUUUAAAAAAUGUAUUUAACUUGAGCUUUAAAAAAAAAAAAUCAUGAUAUGGCUGGUAAGAUUCUGCUAUAUGGUCUACAGUGUAGUUUGGAACCCAUGCUGGCUCUGAUGGCUCUUAUUUUCAAAAGCACACCCAGGCCUGGUUUCUCCAUUAUUUUACUGUGUGGCAUGCAGAUGGCAUGGGCCUUGCAGUGGGAGGCUCCCAGCCAUAUGAGUGACAGCCUUACACCUGUGAGCUUGUGAAAGAGACCAGCUUGGUACUGCUUCUGAACGUGUAUGGAACAAAACUUUGCUUUUAAAUUGCAACUUGGACUUUUACUUUCAAAUUGCAGCUUAGGAUGUGGUGUUUAUUUUAUAAAGCGUUGUGAUUUUUUCACCGAGGGCAAAGGCAGUCAAAUGUUUUUUGAUGGAUCAGCGGCAACUGUCUUUUUGUCUUUGAAACUAUGCUGAAAACAUCAGGCCAGCACAAAUUUCAGCCUGAUGAACACCGUACAAGCUGUUGCUAUCUCAAUUCUGAAGCCUUGUCAGUUUUGCUUUUGAGAUGUCAAGGGUUUAAAAUAAUCCUAUCUAUGAAACUGUGUGAAGGAUGAAGCAGAUCUCCAAGGCCUAUGGUGGAGACGCAUGUUUCUGAAUUCAGCAGAAUUGAUUUCUAAGUGUAUUAUCCUAAUCCUGUUUGCUACAGUUGGUAUAAAAAGGCAUGAAAUAUGUAUUCAAUACCUCUUAUGUAACCAAAAACCUUGUUUAUUAGCUUUGAAGGACUGAGAGAGUGUCGUGUUCACCUGGCACGCAGUCUGCUUGCAUUGCCGAUGAAGUCCUGAACUGUUUAAUAUUUUGAACUGACAUUAUUUAUAAUCUAUGAAUUUACUCUCUUGUUGGAAAGUCAUUAAUAAUUCAGGUCUCUAAGAGGACCCUUUCAGUUCCCACAGGGGGCUUCUUUGGUGGGGAUCUUAUCUGAGGUCCUUUCGGAUCGACGGGAGUAUAGAGGUCUGCAGGAUGCAUUUGAUCUGGUUGGAAAGAAAGCAAGUGCAAAGAUCGGAGAUGCUGUGGGGCAGGUGUGGGCUGUAGUGAGAAAGUGCCUGUUGGGACAAGGAAAUAGACACGUUAUGGGACCCCUAAAGCAAGACGGGCAGGAGGUGUGAGAGGCGCCCCAAAAGGACAAAGCAGCAAUUUUCUCCUACAACCUUGAUACCCAAAGGAGUCUGUUGUAGGAGAAAAGAAGGCUUUGGUGCACUUUAUGUGGGAAGCAGAGGCGCAGGGCUUGUGCUGGGCGCCCUGUCCAUGCUGAACGUGCAGGCGGAUAAGAGCGUGAACCCCUGUGGCUUUGACACCAUGGAGUGAUUUCCUUUACCCGAAGGACCCAUGGGUUCUGUUCCCCCUGUCCUUUCCCUCUGUGUCCUCUGAGCACUCAGAGACGUGGGGUGAUGUUUAUCUUGCUACUAAAUUGAAAGGGAGCCCUAUUUCUUUUUCUCUUUUGUUAGCAACAAUUGCAAAAAGAGUUGUACAUUCUUUCUAAGAAAAAAAAUAAAUAAAACAAGGGACCUAAUAAAACUCAGCAGUGUUACUGUAUUUUUAAAAAAUAUUUUUAUAGACUCAUUUUCAGGUUUUUAAAUAUAAAAGAAAUAGAUACCCCUCUCUUUUUUUUUUUAAGUAGUUGAAUCAUUGAUGAUUUGUAUUACCAAUUCUUAGAAGUAAUUUUCUAGUAAGCUUGUGGCAUUAGAAAAUACUAGAAUUUUUGUAGCAAAAUUAGUUGGAACAUUUAUUAAUAAAUAUAUUAAAUAUUUUUCCAGAAUAAAAUACAGACCCUGACUAUGUGUUUACUAAUAGAUGAAGCCAGAUAUAAUUUUGUUGUUGUUGUUGUUGUUGUUUUUAGGGCCAUAAAAUAUGGCCUUUGUUAAAGAACACUAAAGCUAGAAACAUAAAGUAAGAGCAAGUUUUUAAUGGCUAUUGCCUAUUAUUGUAAGUGUUAAAAACCCUUGCAGAAUUCACAAUAAGGUGCUAAUUUAUACUAUAUUUCUUAUCAAACAACUGCCAGCCUAGCUAGUCUUCUUAUUCCCCAAUCAAUCAAUUUCACCCCAAAAUUUUGGCACAGAAAAGGCAUCUUCAAAAGUGAAAUUGAAAAAUAACUUCCGAGAUCUUUCAAGGUAUCCUUUUCCUGAUACAUUUUGUUAAAGACAUUGUCAAAAGCGGGUUGUCAUCCUGUGACCUAAGCCACCGUUAGACAGUGCUUCACCAUAAUGUUUAGGACGUGAGUGUCCUUCCUUUCAUUUCCACGCCUUGGGGAGCACGCAGAGCAGUAUGGGUGGGGUGCUGUCGCCUCCAGCUGGCAGAACAGCUCUCUGUGGAAGGUGGUGUGGAGUGAGAGCAGGGUCGCUCUUCCAAGUUGUGUUCUCAAGACAUAAUCCUCAUUAGAAAGUGACUUAGGAAGGGACAACUUUUAUGUAAAAAAAAAAAAAAAUCAAUAAGUUGUUAAAAGAUAAAAGGAAAUUGUAGAUUCACUGGGAAAAUGGGCGAUUGACAGAGACCGUUUCCCUAACCCACUACAUCAUUUAUGUGCUAGUACUUUAACUUUUUUAAAAAAUUGACUUCUGCAUUUUGUAAUAUGACAUACGUGUGUGUAUUUUUAAUUUAGAAUGUUAUGCAUACAGAAGUAUGCAACUGAAUCAAUCAGAUCAAACCAUUUUACCUGGUGUUUGGUACUGGUUUUUACUCCUCUGAUUCUGUAUAAGAAAAAUAAAUACAAUUGAAUUUCCACUUGGA